AUGCAUCCACCCCCCUGCCUCCCUCCUUCCAUCAAGAACACAGCAAUCCCCGCGUACACGACUCUGUCUCCGUUAAAGGGGGUAGGAAGAGCGAUUACGUGCACUACCUGCUUGAAGAACCUUUCAAAAUUGUCCACGAAAAUAUUGUCCACCUGGAAAUCAACAUAGAUAGUCGUCUGAGGAGCAGUUAUUGACUUUUUAAUCGGUUUCAUUUAUCGUUAUGUCCGCUUCGCAGUUUUCUGUUACAGUGUUGAUAAAUAUUGCUACAUAGCUAGCUAGCCAGCAAGCCAAUAUCGAGCAAACCACCAACAUCGCGAGUUGAAUGAAGACGCUUUGCAUGGGUUGUAGCCUAUCCCGUGUAGAUUAGACAUUUGUGUAGAUAACGUUACUGUAGCUAGUUAUCUGACGUGAAGAGUUUUUGUUUGUUUUAUUGGUAUUGGUGAAGAAGAGACGAGCAGAUAUCGAGGACGGUAUUGAUUGGAUAUCCAUGAGCUCCGAUUUCCAGCACUACAGUUUCAGGAUGCCUAAUAUCGGGUUCCAGAACCUUCCCCUCAACAUCUACAUUGUGGUGUUUGGGACUGCCAUCUUUGUCUUCAUCCUCAGCCUUCUCUUCUGCUGCUACUUGAUAAGGUUAAGGCACCAGGCGCACAAGGAGCUGUAUGCAUACAAACAAGUUAUACAGAAGGAAAAGGUCAAAGAGCUAAAUUUGCAUGAGAUAUGUGCGGUGUGCUUGGAGGAGUUCAAACAGAAAGACGAGCUGGGGAUUUGCCCGUGCAAACACGCCUUUCACAGGAAGUGCCUCAUUAAGUGGCUGGAGGUGAGGAAGGUGUGCCCGCUGUGCAACAUGCCCGUCCUGCAGCUCGCCCAACAGGCGGGCAUCCCCAUCGACGUCACCGUGCCCAUACAGCAGCCCCUGCCAGGCGUGGAAAACCUGGUGUAGCGCAGACUGCAGUGCUCACACACACACACAUACUACACACACCUGUACAGGUACACUUACGCCUCGACCACACCGAUAGCGUCAUUGCGUUUUGGUACACCAGAAGUACAUUCAUUUCCAAUGGAACGCUGCGUUUGCCUUGCAGCAUUGCGUUGCAGUGCAUCCUGUGUGGUGCAUACAUUGGAUUAAUCGAACGUAUGCAUCAAAUGAUUUGCGUAGACGGCUUGACCGAAAUGGUAGCAGAAGGUGAAUGUUGAACUUUAGUUGCACACAUAUCCAGAUGAUGCCACGUACCAUUUUGCGCAAUGACUGUAGGUGUGAUCGAGGCGUUAUAUAUGGUUUUUAAGGACAGGACAGACAAUGGAGAAACACAACGCCGUUACGAUGUGGACAGAGACUCACGGCAAUGAAGAAGUGAAUCUGCUGCCUCUCCUCCUCAUCUCUCUGCCUUGGUGGAUUCACAUAAGGAUUUUUUAUAAUAACGGUUCUUUACGGACAAUCUCUUUUUUUUUCUUGUGGACACAGCAGUGGUCACUAUUCUGACCGUUUCACAACCAAAGCACUUUUCUGGGGACACGAGCGUGUGACGAAUAAGAGACACGAAAACCAACAACUACAACACGUUGAAAUGAAAAUGGCUGCAUCGUUUCGUUUUCUUUUUAACAACUAAACCUUUGUAUUUUUUUUUUUACAAGCACUUUAAAAAGUAACAAACUUAAAUUGCUUGUGAGGAGGUUGUAGUAGCAACAAGGUUAUAUUUUAUAUUUUAUUAUUACGAUUAACUUUUUUUUGUGUGUACAUACAGAGCCACAUGAGUACAUUUUUUUUAGUUGAGUGGGUUAUUUUUUGGGGGGGGGAAAUAUCUUAAAGGGACAGUAGCCUCCAAAUGAAUUGACGUCAGGAUACGCUUGGCAUGCUCAAGGAACCGCAGAAUUUUGUGGCCUGAUAUUCCCCCUCUCUCACAUUGAAGGGGUGUGAAUGAGGGGAGUGUAUGUGUAAAGGGAACAGGGUCACCCCAACCUCAGUACUUUGUGUCUAAACAACUUAAUGUGAAUUAAGAGAGGAUGGGUUCGAGUUGUGACCCGGAUGUGAUUCGCUGGUGUGCAUCCGACUCUGCAUCCCCUCUUGCAUAUGAAGGUUGUACAGUUUGUUACUCACUGCACACCUCAGUGUCUGUGUUCCAAAAUGGCACCCUAUUCUCUAAAUAGUGCACUAUUUAAGGAAUGGGAUGCAGCCUGUGCGUGUUUGUUACAACAAGGCCUUUCUGUGGGCUAUGUGGCCACUGUCACGAUCUGCAUCUGUCAAAAUAUGUAAACAAAUUGUUAAAACGCAACAAUGCUGAGGUCGUUUUCUCAUUGAAAGAUUUUUCACUAUGAGGUUUUAUGAGGGUCGAAUCAAAUGAAAAUAGUAGAAUUCCCUAGUGUAAACAGUCACAGCAGUGUACAAGCCCCCUGUGUGUGCCCCACAGACACAUACCCGACACAAACUGUGGAGGGGUCCUGGCUUCAGUCACUUCCUGUGGACGGGCGACCAGGAAGUAAGAGAAACCCAACACCCUGAGCCCAUGGCACCUCUAGAGCCAACUUCCAAUCAGAUGCCUCCGUUCUUGUUACAUAAGAGAAGACUGAGCCUCCCCCCGAGCCCGCAGUGCUCCCAAAGCUUUACUCAUAUAGCUUGUGGCAACGGAGCGCUAUGAAAUCACAGUUGGAAGAUUCCUCUUUGGUUUUAUACGGUUAAAAAUGCAUCCCUCUCUUGCCGUCCUCAGGUUUGAGUUUGAAUGUGGUUUAGCCUGAUGGAAGUCUAAAACAACUAUCCCAAUCUACACACUGAUUAAAUAGUAAACAAGAGUACUUCAUAUAAUGCCAAAAUGAUUAUAUUACAUAUUGUCUCUGAUGUGAUCAUGUCUGGAAUCAUAGAUUCUAUAGGUUGAUCUUUAUGAAACCUAGAACAAACACUGGUCCACUAAGGCAGCGGUUCUUCAACUUUUCCAGCUCAAGACCCAAAUUAGAAAUGGACCGUCCUCCCCCUGACCCAAAUGGUCCUCCAACAACCCAAAUGAAGAAGAAAUAGUGCGUGAUUAUAGAUGUAUUCUCACAACUCGCAACCCACCUCUCACAUGCCCAGGGCCCACUUUGGGUCCCGAUCCAUAGUUUAAGAAACCCUGCACUAAGGCAUUGUUGCAUUUUCACUGCUAUACAUAAAUGUAUAAAACCAGACAUUUUGUUUUUAUCAAACUUUUGACAUGAAUGAUGGUAGUGAAUGCUACAGGGUGACACAGCACUGCCUUGGAGCGUGAAAGGCUUGGUGAAAUCUAUCAAGAUGUGACACAACGCAAACUAAGCAACAAACCUUGUCUCUUGUUUGCUAGCCGUGACUGAUGUAGUAUUACAUAUUUUGGCAGAAAAACACAUGGUUUGUUACUCAGCACUGAAAGAGCAUGACCACCCGGGCUUUCACUUCGUUUUCAAUUCAGCCAACGAUUCAAAGCCGCUUCUGUGAUUAGUAAUUACUUAGCGGUAUUUAGCUUUAGCUUAGCAUUGAUCUAAUUAAGCUAUGGGUGAUAUAAAUCAAAUCAAAUAUUAUUGGUCACAUACACGUGUUUAGCAGGGUGUAGCGAAAUGCUUGUGCUUCUAGCUCCGACAGUGCAGUAAUAUCUAACAAGUAAUAGGCUAAGUAUCUAGUUCAAAUUCUAGCUGCACUCAACCAUAUCAAGUCAACACACAUACGUACGUUCCCAGUAGAUGUCAUUGAGCAGGUAUAGGCCCUGGUCAGCAGUCGUAGAGAAUAGCAGUGUUUUAGCAGCCUCAUUCUAGCUCUUUCCCCAAUCGCUCUCUCCACACCAGUGUUUUGUUCACCGCUACACACACACACCAACCCCUCUACCCUGGUGCUUUGUUGCACCACCUUUUGUGGCAUCACUGUAGUAAAAGUGCUGUGUGAUAGUUUGGAACAGAGGGGAAACAGUGUCCCAUAGGUCAGGGGUCAGCUUGUGUCAAAGGUCACAGACUAGAUCUAGGUGAUGGGUCAUAAUAAUGCCGUUCAAUACAGCUUUAUUUAUAAGACAGCCUGGUCUGUCGAACAGGGUCGAUUUGGUUCUUCCCUCUUUAAGUGUUUGUACCUUUUCAGGACCCCGGCUUAUUCAGUGCUGAGUAUCAGGCCCAGUUCCAGAACAACUGCGCUUGUGUCUUGUAGACUGACUCCUUUAAAUAGAAUGGUAUUCUUAGAAUGCUAGUCAUUCUAUUGAAUUCAAUGAACUGUCAUCAACCAUCCAAUGAAAUGUACUGUGUCCGCUGGCUUUACCUUCGAAUAACAACUAACAGAUGGGAAUGUGUUAGCCUACUGUUGCUAGCUGGUGAAAAGAAUAGUAGAACAUUAUUUGUUACCAAUAUCAGAAACAAUGUCUCCCCGCCCCACCCAAUGAAAUCUAUUGUAUUGGAGGAGGGAGGAGGAUGACGAUUGUGAUUAUUAUAAUAUAUUUUUUACUUGUGCUUUACUUACAAUUUUUGUUCAUUUUGGCCAUUUGUUUGAAGAGGCACUAGUCUGUGGUUGAAUGUGGAAUGAGAAAAACCAUAACCUUUUUAUUGAAGGCGCCCGGCGUUGCUUGUAUGUGCGGGUCGCUUCGGUACCCGUUUGCCUCUUCUUGGUUCUUCUGUGUGGCUACACACAAAAAUGAGCUACACAGGAACCAAUGGAGGUGUCACCCUUUCUGUAUAUCACUCAAAUAUAAGUAUAUAACACACCUCUUUGUACAAAGAGACUUCAACUCUGAUAUUAAUCUCAAAACUCCCAAGUUUGACUGGUCCGAAGUUAUUUCGACAACUAGCCCCACCACUUUCUUAUUCCCUUAAGACUCCUAUAGUGUAACAUAUUGUGGUUGUCUCUGAAUGUACAGUUUAAAGGGAGAUAUAACGAUAGGACUGGGCAAGGAGGAGACCGAUAAUGUGAAAGCAUGCGAUGAAAUUGCGACCGCACUUGCAACCGAUUUCACCAUUGUAAUUGUACGUAGAGAGUAGUAGUGUUGGUAGGAAGGCAUACUGCAUACAUACUCCACUUUUUACUGUGAGGGGGUAUGCAUUGUGCACUGAACAGUUGAGGGUAAUUCUUCCAUCGAAAACACUGCAUCUGAGCACUUAUAACUGCCAUUUGCCCAUCCGAGAAUUGUAACAAGGCCAGCCAUUUUGUAAUGCUUUCUUUCAAAUGAGAGUUGAAGGUCAGAAGAGAACCCUUAUCUAAUAUACCCCUUCAUUUCUUCCUGUGUAACUCCCUAAUCCUUCCCCCACGCUUCUCGGACCAGACAACAUAGUUUUAGGUUCUCUCAGAGUCCUGGAAAGCAUGUAGCCACGGUCAAGUGCCACAACAGCAGGCAGUUAUAGGCCCUUCCGCGAGAGGAAGGAAUAAUAGGUGAUUAUUCACUAUGAAUAUACACAUCGUCUACUAGUUAUUAUUACUGCACUAGGUACCAGGCCAAAUCUAUUUGAAAAACAUUGGGAGUUUGGACAGUUGAUGAAUUUAGUGAUGAGUCACCCCAUUAUAAUCUCCAUUGACGUCAGCACUGUUCCAGUGCUGGGCCUGUAAUAUUAAAGGACUAUGAUGUACUUGC